AUGUCUCAGAUUCAAAAAAUUGAAGCAAGGAUGAAGAAAGUUCGAAACAGGUCGAUCCUAAAGUUGGAAAAUGUUUACGAUACAUUUUUCAGAAAAGCAGUGUAUAGCGCACUUUUGCAAAAUGUUCCAGUUAGGCAAAAGUGCGCUAAAAUAUUGCAAAAUAUGCCAACUGUCCAUGGAUUGCCAUUGACCAAUGUUUCGCAUCCUUCCAAUAUAGCACGAAUGGCUUGUGAGCUUGGUGUUCUUGUUGAGUUACAGCACAAUGCAUUAAACCACGAGUUGCAAAGAGAACAACAAUACGACAUUAUAGCAUUGACCGAAACAGUUCAUACAAAUGUUCCACAAUUAAAUCAACAACAAAAAAUUGCGUACAACACUUUGAUAGAAGCCGUGAACAGUGGAUCUGGUGGAAUUUAUAUCUUUGAUGCUCCCGGAGGAAUCGGAAAAACGUUCUUAAUUUCAUUGCUUUUGGCGAGGAUCAGAUGGCGAAAUGAUGUUGCUCUAGCGUUGGCUUCAUCUGGAAUAGCUGCGACACUGCUAGAAGGCGGGCGAACUGCACAUUCUGCCUUGUAA